AUGUCUGCAUUCCUCUCCCACCCAAGGCCUGGGCUGCAUCUGCCUCCUACUUCUGGUACCUUCCCAAGACUAGAGAAGCUGCUGUCCAAGUCUUGCCUCCUACCAGAGGUCCCAUCUCUUCCCUGCUAGGAUUCCCAGUCCCCACUAGGAUCAGUGAUCCUUGUUCCCAGGUCAGGCUCUGUCCUAACCACUCUUGCAGAUGACGUGGCCUGCGUGGUGCCUGAGGUGUGCAAGCGUGUGUGUGGCACGGAGGUGGGCUGCUCCAACAUCGCCUACCCGCGGCUUGUGGUGAAGCUAAUGCCCAAUGCUUCUGUUUGGCCCACAGGUCUACGUGGACUUAUGCUGGCAGUCAUGCUGGCUGCGCUCAUGUCCUCACUGGCCUCCAUUUUUAAUAGCAGCAGCACGCUUUUCACCAUGGACAUCUACACCCGCCUGCGGCCUCACGCAGGAGAGAGGGAGCUGCUACUGGUUGGACGGCUCUGGGUGGUGUUCAUUGUGGCAGUGUCGGUGGCUUGGCUGCCAGUAGUGCAGGCUGCUCAGGGCGGGCAGCUUUUCGAUUACAUCCAGUCGGUCUCCAGCUACCUGGCACCCCCAGUGUCUGCAGUCUUCGUGCUUGCACUCUUCGUGCCUCGUGUAAAUGAGAAGGGUGCCUUCUGGGGACUGGUCGGGGGCCUGCUGAUGGGCCUGGCACGCCUCAUCCCUGAGUUCUCCUUUGGCACGGGCAGCUGCGUGCGGCCCUCAGCAUGCCCAGCACUCCUCUGCCAAGUACACUACCUCUACUUUGCCAUCGUGCUCUUUUUCUGCUCUGGCCUCCUCACCCUCGUGGUCUCCCUGUGCACUGCGCCAAUCCCACGCAAGCAUGUGAGUGCUGGCCUCUAGGUGGGCUGUGUGACAAGACAGGUCCUGUACGGGCCCAAGGCCUACUCCUAUCCCCUCUGCUGGUCGACUAUGAGGAACACCCAGUGGGGAAGAUCCGAGUUUCUACACUGAGGACUGUGGGGGCAGACUGCAGAAGUCCAGAGUGAAGGCGCAUUUACAGAGCAAGCACAACCUUUUCACCUAAAUGACAUUUAUUGGAAGUAGUCUGGGGGAGGUGCUGAGCUGAACACUU